AGAUGUCAGAGCUCCGGAGGAACACGUGAAGGCAACAAAAGUUCAGUCUACAGAGUUGUGACAUCUGUGGCCAUGGAGGAAAAACAGAGCAGUACGGAAACCAAUUUUACUCCAGACCCAGGGGGAGCAGGAUCAACACAAGAUGCCCCACGUGAUCGAAGCCCAGAGGAGAUGAUCAGCAGGCAGAUGAGUGAACAGAGCCGCUUUGCUUAUGCUGCUCUGUGUGGUGUCUCUCUGGGACAGUUGUUUGCUGGACCUGAUAACAGAGUGUUCAGGGAGCAGUAUCUGCAGAGCUUGGUCCGCUGGCUGGACCUGGAUGAGUCAGUGAUGCCAGUUAUGGGGGCUUUCCUGUCAGGCCUGGGCUUCGAGGGCUCCGACACCUUCCUCUCCAUCCUACACGCCGAACCGCUGCUGGCUGCUGGGGCCACCCCCAUCAUACAGGAUCUGGUGUCUUUUUCUGUGAAAGACGGCCAGUAUGAUGCCAGAGCGAGGGUUCUCAUCCGUCAUGUCAGCUGUCUGUUGCGAGUCGUUCAACAGCAGCUGGAGGAGUUUGAGGAAACACUGGGAGAGAAGCUGAGGGAAGGAGGAGAGGAGAGCGAAGAGGAGUCCUCCCGGCGGCUGAAGAGAGAAAGAGGGCGAAAGUUACGACGCUACCUCCUCAUUGGUCUUGCCACCGUAGGCGGAGGAACUGUGAUUGGUGUGACAGGUGGGCUGGCAGCCCCCUUCGUGGCAGCAGGGGCCAGUGCUGUGCUGGGGGCAGGAGGGGCUGCUGCUCUGGGCUCAGCCACUGGCAUUGCAAUCAUGGCCUCCCUGUUUGGAGCUGCAGGAGCUGGAUUGACUGGUUAUAAGAUGAAUAAGUGUGUUGGGGCAAUAGAGGAAUUUGAAUUCCUGCCACUGAGCUCCGGAAAGCAUCUUCACCUGACCAUCGCAGUGACAGGUUGGCUCUGCAGUGGUAAAUACAGUUCGUUCCAGGCCCCGUGGUGCAGCCUGGGCGAGUGCGGGGAACAGUAUUGCCUGGUGUGGGAGUCACGCUUCCUCAGAGACCUCGGCUCAGCCAUGGCCUCUCUGUUGGAUGGGCUGGUCAGCAUGGUGGCCCAAGAAGCACUCAAGUACACAGUGCUCUCAGGCAUCGUGGCGGCUCUGACGUGGCCUGCAUCGUUGCUGGCAGCAGCCAGCGUCAUUGACAACCCUUGGUCUGUUUGUCUGAACCGCUCGGCUGAGGUGGGGAAACACCUGGCCCAGGUUUUGAGAAGCAGACAGCAGGGGAAGCGGCCUGUCAGUCUCAUAGGAUUCAGUCUUGGGGCCAGAGUUAUCUACUACUGUCUACAGGAGCUUGCCAAUGACCAAGGUAGUGAAGGCGUAGUGGAGGAUGUAGUCCUCUUGGGGGCCCCUGUGGAUGGCUCUGAAAAGGCCUGGGAGAGAAUGACCAAGGUAGUCGCUGGAAGAAUAGUGAACGGCUACUGCAGAGGGGACUGGCUCCUGGGGUUCUUGUACCGGAGUUCAUCUGCACAACUGUGUGUUGCUGGGCUACAGCCAAUCAACAUCCAGGAUCGGCGUAUAAUCAAUGUGGAUCUUUCCUCCGUGGUGAAAGGUCACUUAGACUACAUGCGGCAGAUGGACACCAUCUUGGUGGCAGUAGGAGUUCCCACCAAAGAAGUCCCAGGUGCCUCUUUUGCCCUUCCUCAGCCUGUUACAAAGACAGCGGACAUCCCUGACCAAAACCCCGAUGAGCAACAAGCGACUGAGACACAAAACCAGGCCGAGGAGGCUCGUACAGAAGAGAGUGGAUACAUGAAAGAUGUGGCAGAGACAGAGGAGAUGGGUGACGGUUGGGAUAUCCCUGAUAUUUCAGACCUGCUGGACUUAAACGAUACAGAAUCAGAGAGUCAUAUCGGAGUCAGGGACAAUUUACCGCUUACUUCGGAGGAAAACGGCACUAAUGAAGGCACGACCUCUGCUUUAAAUGCCCCGUGUGACAGUGUGGAGGAGGCUGAUAAUGAACACGUAUCAUGGAGCUGGGAUGAUACACACUGGACUGUAGAGCACACACACACAAACAAAGGCGGCCAAACUUGUAAAGAGCAUGUUACAGGACCUGCUUCCCUGUAAAAUCUCGUCUUCUCAAGUUUUUUUUUUUUUAGCGUCGAAGCUUUGUCGGAGAAAACAUUAAUUCCAUUCUCAACACACUGACACACCAGAGACGGCAAUCACAAUGCACACAUAUGGCAGCCUUAAGUGAAAAGCCCCCUGAAUUAACCGCUUGGUUUGACCGCAGAAUGGUGUUUUGAGACUGUCGACUUAAUUUAAUAACAAUUUUUAGAGUUUUGUAAAUGACAGAUUUUUUUACAAACUGUAAAUAGUGUCAUUUAUUUUCUGAUCUCACUGUGAGAUUAAAUAGCUGUAUAUAUAAUAUUGUGUUUUGCAGCUUUUAGAGGAUGCUACCAAAUAGGUGAUAUCUCUGUUCUUCUCGCCCUUCUAAUUCUCAUCCGCUGGCUUGGUUGCUAUGGAUAUUAUCACAGCAAUUUGAUUUCCACAAGGCCGGGGGCAGCUCAGUGAAUGUGUUUUCUUCAAGGCCUUUCUAUUCUCGAUUCCACCCAUACCAAUGUGAAGAGCUGCUGUCUGCGGAGUUUACCAAGAGCUAAGUUACAAUGUAUGGCCGCUGAUAAUGGGAGAUUUGUUGGGGUAAUGCAUUGCUUUCUUCAACCUCAUUUCUUAACUGGAAAGAAACACUUAAUUCAAGCAAGGUUGGAGCUGAUUUUGCGUUUGUAGACAUUUUUUCUGUGACCAUAAAAAUAAUGAAUUUCAAA